AUGGCUUUAGAAAUGCAAGAGGAUUUAUCAAGCACGGUCUCAAACGCAGGAACAAGUGCAACAACAAGGUCAUCGAAGAGGAGGACAUAUCAAGCAGAAGCUUCUGUUUCAAGCAUCACUGCAGGUUUCUUGGUUCAAGAGCGUAAGCGCUUGAGUCAUGGGAGCAGCAAUCAGCUGUCUGCGAAUACCAAUUAUAAAGGAGUUGUGCAGCAGCCAAAUGGCCGUUGGGGAGCUCAGAUCUAUGCCAAUCACAAUAGGGUUUGGCUUGGAACAUUUGAUUCCGAUAUUAAGGCAGCCAUGGCUUAUGAUAGUGCUGCAAUCAAGCUUCAUAACGGAGAGUGCCAAAGGAACUUUGCGUGGACAAAUACAAUUAUUCAAGAACGACACUUUCAGAAUCUCUAUAGCCAAGAAGCCGUGCUCAACAUGAUUAAGGACGGGUCAUACCAGGCUAGGUUUGUUGAAUUUCUCGUGGCUUGCCAGGCAGCAGAAGUAAUGUCCGGGUCGAACUCAGCUAGGGUGCAACAAAGCAUGAGAGAUAUCUUUCCCAAACAACUCUUCCAAAAAGAAUUGACGCCAAGUGAUGUUGGUAAGCUGAACAGACUAGUCAUACCGAAAAAUUACGCAACUAAAUUUUUCCCUCGUAUUGAUGAAUCCAUGCAGGGAGGGUUGGAUGAAAACAACCCUGCGCCUGAUGUACAGCUCUCAUUUUAUGAUGAAAACAUGAGGGGGCCAUGGAAGUUUAGGUACUGUUAUUGGAAGAGCAGCCAAAGCUUUGUGUUCACCCGAGGCUGGAAUCGAUUUGUAAAGAACAGCAAAUUGAAAGCCAAUGACACUAUCAGAUUCUAUGAGUGCCAUAUUGAGGAAGGAGAUAAUAAGGACCCCAAGUCAUUCUACAUGAUCAAAAUCGACCGGGCUGAAGAUUCUGAUAAUGUCAAUAUUGUUGAAAAUGCUAGCCAAUCUGUUUCCCCCGCCCUUACCUUCUUGCAUGCCAAGAAACUUGGAGAGGAGAAAGAUGACAUAAGUACACAAACUGCAGAAGUUAUUGAUGAAAUCCCACAAGUUAAUGGUGACAAUCAAACAGUUAAGCUCUUCGGUGUUGUUAUCAGCUAA